AUGGCGCAAGUAGACCUAAAAGGCAAGACCAUUGUGGUCACGGGAGGAGGAAGUGGCAUUGGCCGCGCGACAUGCCUCGCCCUCUCGCAAGCGGGUGCCGCCGUAGUCGUGACAGACAUCAACUUCGACCGCGCGGAGGAGGUCUACAAGGAAAUCCAAGCCGCCGACGGCCCGGCCUCGACAGAAGCAGAAGCGGGUCAGCUCGACGUUCGAGAUCCAGCACGCUGCAAGGAACUGCUCGAUGAUCUGGCGUCCAGACGCACGAUCUCUGGUCUCUUCAACUGCGCCGGUGUGAACCCGACCAAUAUGCCGCUGGUGGACACGACGGAUGACUAUUUUGACCUCCUUGUCGGCGUCAACGUGAAAGGGACCUACAACAUGACGCGCGCCAUCAUUCCCCACCUCAAGCCGCACACAGGCUGCUCGAUCGUCAACGUUUCUUCCACUGCUGGGUUGAAGGCUGGAGCCGGCCUCGCUAUCUACAAUCUCACGAAAUUCGGCAUAAUCGGCUUCUCCAAAUCCAUGGCCCUCGAGCUCGGCCCCAGCGGCAUCCGCUGCAAUGCUGUAGCGCCUGGACCUAUCAUCACACCUACCAACGCCAAUGUCGUCGCUGGUCCAGAGUCUGUUCGCGCGCAGGCGGACAGGAUUGCUCUAAAGCGGCUGGGAGAGCCGGAGGAGGUCGCGAAUGUUGUUACGUUCUUGUUUGGGAAGGGGGCGAGUUAUAUGAAUGGGAGUGUGGUUGAGAUUACCGGGGGCCUGUGA